AUGGUAUUGAACGUCGCCGUUAUCGGAGGCGGGCCAUCCGGCCUCGUGACUCUGAAAUAUCUCUUAGAAGCGCACAAGUUCUUUCCAGGCGUGGAAAUCGAGGCACAUCUGUUUGAGAAGGAGGGAGAUGUCGGCGGCGUCUUCAGUUAUGGAGUUUAUGAGGACGCCGAGCUUGUUUCUUCGAAAUAUCUCACAGCAUUCUCCGACUUUCGGGUCCCAGAAGGCGAGAAAGAUUUUCUGACACCGAAAAGAUACGUCGGAUACCUGAAAGACUAUGCGACGAGGUUCAACCUCUGGGAUCGUAUCCAUCUUUCGACCGAGGUCAAGUCCAUCACACCGGACCCGGCAAACCCAUCUCAUCACAUUCUCACCAUACGAGAUAAUCAAGGCCAGGUCGUAGAGCGCCGAUACCACGCCAUCGCCAUCUGCAGCGGCUUGAACCAAGAUCCUUUCAGACCAGCCAUUCCGGGACUCAACACACCACUGCCCACAGUCCACAAGAAUGGAGAUCGCCGGAGCUCAGAUCAAAAGUCAGGCGCAUCUAUUCACCCCGGUAUCGAACUCCUCCACGCCGCCGACUUCAAGUCCCGCUCCCAAUUCGGCGAAGACAAGACUGUGCUGAUCCUAGGCGUCGGCGAGACAGCCAUGGACAUCGCCCACCUGGCCAUCACAUCCCAGACCAGGCGCGUCAUCCUCUGCCACCGCGACGGCUUCAUCUCCUCGCCCAAGAUCGUGCCGGACCCCUUUCGCGCAGGUGGGCGAAGCGGCGGGCCCGACCCAAACAACCCGAACAAGCCGCUCGACUGCGCGACGGCGUCCCUGUUCGACACGGCAUACGUCCCGCCCAUAGUACAGCGUGGACCCUGGCUGUGGGCCGUCUACGACGCCUUCGUGACGAACAUGGCGUGGGCGAUCUCGGGCACGCGCGCCGGGUUCGACCAGUGGGCCGGCGGCGUGAGCCCGAGGCGGCUGCACACCGAUUCGCUGCUCAUCUGCAAGAGCGACCGGGCGCUGCCUUACAUCUCGGAGCAGUACCGGAGCCAGUCGAGGCUGAACCGGUGGCGGACAUGGCUUAUCAAUGUGGAGCUGAGGCCGACUGGCGGGAGGAAAAUUGACCUGGCGCCGUGGCCGACUCAUGUUGAUGAGGAGGGGGUGGUUCAUUUUGAGGAGAAUGAUAGGCCCGAGUCGGGGGUUAUGAGGAAGGAGAAGGGUAUACGGCCUGAUGUUGUCAUUUUUGCGACUGGGUAUAAGCAGUCGUUCCCUUUCGUUCCCAAGGGAGACGUCUACCCGUCGCUGGAUGCCUCUGUGACCAGGGGCAUCUUCCGGAACAUCGAAGAUGGCGUCGCGUACAUCGGGUUCAUAAGACCGGCUUUUGGGGCCAUCCCGCCCGUCGCAGAGCUUCAAGCCCAGCACUGGGUGUACCACCUCAUCACCAGCCCCAAGUUCCAGCCGUACUUCUCGCCCGGCUUCAAACCUCCCCGCCGCUCCCACAAUGCCGUGGAGGGAUACGAGAUGGACUACAAGCUCAAGAGCCGCGACAAGGACCACGACUUCGCCGCCACGAAGCGCGGCGUCGACCAGGAGAGCUACGUCUACCAGCUGGCGCUCGACAUGGGGUCCGCACCUACCUGGACACACGUGCUGAGGGACUUUGGAAAAGAGGUCUUCUUCACGUGGGCUAUGGGUCCGAACUUCCCAUCUAAAUUCCGCCUUGUGGGUCCGUGGGCCACCGACGAAACUGCCCGGGAGGCGGCCGGAUUGAUGAGGGAGGAUGGCGAGCUGGGAAAGCUGCUGCUGGUAUUCAAUGUUCUGCGAUGCUUCUACAACGUCUUCCUGCAUCCGCUUCGGCACUUCCCCGGUCCCCUCGCGAACCGUGCCUCCGGCCUCCCAAACGUGAUAUCCAUGCUGCGGGGCAAAUGGACCACGGAACUCCUCCCCGUCGUGGUGAAAUACGGCCCCGUCGUCCGCAUCAGGCCCGGCGAGUUAUUGUUUACUGACCCGGAUGCCUGGAAGGAUAUCUACUCGCAUCACAACGGGGCACUCGUCAAGGGGGAGGAAUUUGAAAAGUUUGAAAUCUUCUACCAGACACCAGGUGUCACACCCUCCCUGUUGGGGGAGUCUCGUGAUAACCAUGCUCUCAUCCGGCGACAGCUCAAUCACGGCUUCAGCGACAAGAUUCUCCGGGACCAGGAGCCAAUUGUGAAGGGAUACGUUGAUCUUCUGAUCCAACGGCUUCGCGAACGAUGCAUUCCUGCUCCUGAAAUGUCGAAUGAGAAGGACAAACUGACACGCUCCAAAACGGCGUUCGACCUCCGCAGGUGGUACAAUUACACGACUUUUGACGUCAUCGGCGAUAUGGCAUUCGGUGAGCCCUUCGGCAGCCUCGAGAACGGUAAGGAGAGCGAGCUGGUCAGGCUUAUGGAGCGAGGACUAGCAAGGCAGGCGAUCGGGACGGCACUAAAGUUGCUGGGCCUGGGGUCGGUGCUCUCAUCUUUCGUCGGGCGCAACUCGAGGUUCCGCAGGGCGCACCAGAGGAACACGGCCGAGAUGCUCAGGAGGAGGAUGGGCCUCAACGUCGAGCGGCCGGACCUCAUCGGGAGCCUGCUCCGUAAGCAGGAGGACUGGAACAUGCCGUUCGACCGCCUACGGGCCAACGCGGGGCUGCUUGUCAUCGCGGGGUCGGAGACAACGGCGACCCUCCUCUCUGGCGCCACUUACCUCCUUCUCAGGAACCCACGGUGCUUGCGCAGGGUCACGGAGGAGAUCCGCUCUGCGUUCCAAUCGGAACACGAAAUCACGUUUUCGUCCGUUCAGCAGCUUCCUUACAUGCUUGCCUGCCUCCGCGAGGCCCUCCGUCGCUACCCGCCGGUAGCGGGCCCAUUACCUCGAGUCGUCCCAAGGGGCGGCGCAAACAUCGCCGGCCACUUUGUGCCCGAGGGAACCGUCGUAGGUGUGGCGCAGUGGCUGAUGAACCACACAGAGCGCAACUUCAGCGACCCGUUUGACUUCAAGCCGGAGCGGUUCCUCGCGCCGGAGGAGUUCCCGGGGGACAAGCUGGACGCGGUGCAGCCCUUCAGUCUGGGUCCGAGAGACUGUGUCGGAAAGAAUUUGGCCUAUGCCGAGAUGCGGACGAUACUGGCUCGUCUGCUGUUCAACUUUGACAUUGAGUUGGUGGAUCCUGAGAUCGAUUGGUUCAACCAGAAGGUCUUCUUCUUGUGGACAAAGCUGCCGCUCAAUGUGUAUUUGACACCGGCAUAG